UCGCCGUUAUGUUUACGCUUGGGAAGUCGAGGUAACCUUUCUAUACUCGGUUUACGACGGAAUCAUCCCAGAUUAACAUUCUUUGAAGAGGUCGAGCGACCUGCCUGACCUAGCUUCAUAGGCCGAGUAAUUCUCGUAUCUGCAACUGGGUGCAUUAUUGAUCAUUAUAAGAGAAGCAACCCGCCUGGAUGACCAGAUUCACACUUUUCCAACUCCCAUUUCACUCUUUGAUCGAACCGUGACUUUAUUCUUGGCUAGGGCACACUAGAUUCAGGAACACGUUUUCCAAAAGACCAUGUCGAAAACCCAUCCUAGUGGGGUUUCCCGCCCUUGCAUCAAUGAAGUCAUAAUCACCGGGAUAGAGACUUUUGGUACGGAAAUAACUCUCUCUAUUACCUUUAUCGACAACCUCAGAUCUCAAAGUUGCUCAUCUAUUUUCUUCUCUAGAUCUGCGAUUUCCAACAAGCCUGGACGCGUCCGGUUCAGAUGCAAUGAACCCGGCUGGUGACUACAGCGCCGCUCAUGUGCAACUCAAAACCAAUACAGAUCUAGUCGGACACGGGAUCUCGUUCACCAUUGGUCGUGGGAACGAUCUGUGUACGGAGGCAGCUCGCCAAGUUGGAGAGCGCUUGGUAGGCAAAACCCUCGGCGAACUUGUAGCAGACAUGGGGAAGACCUGGCGAUACCUUGUCGCCGAUUCGCAAUUACGCUGGGUAGGCCCCGAAAAGGGCGUAAUCCACCUCGGACUAAGUUCCUGCGUCAAUGCACUGUGGGACCUCUGGGGGAGGUAUCUAGAGAAACCAAUAUGGAAGCUUGUGUCAGAUAUGUCGCCUGAAGAGUUCGUUCGAUGUAUAGACUUCCGCUACAUUACGGAUGCAAUCACACCCAGAGAAGCUGUAGAAAUCCUUCGAAAACUGGAAGAUACCAAGUCACAGAGAAUUGAGGACGCACGCCGCAACCAAGCUGUGCCUGCAUAUACGACCCAGGCGGGCUGGCUCGGGUAUACCGACGACCGAAUGAGACAGCUCAUCAGACAAAACCUUGCCGAUGGCAUGGACAAAUUCAAGCUCAAGGUCGGGGGUGACAUUGAUGAUGAUAUCCGUCGCCUCAGGAUUGCUCGGGAAGAGAUAGGUCCGGAUCGCACGCUCAUGAUCGAUGCCAACCAGGUUUGGAGUGUCCCCGAAGCGAUAGACGCGGUGAAGAGAUUUGUUGACUUCAAGCCUGUUUUCAUUGAAGAACCAACAUCCCCCGAUGAUGUCCUCGGCCAUGCAACAAUAAGAAAGGCGCUGAAGCCAUUCGGCGUUGGAGUGGCUACGGGAGAGCACUGUCAGAACCGCGUUAUCUUCAAGCAGCUCCUUCAGGCAGGUUCUAUCGAUGUUUGCCAGAUCGAUGCCUGCAGACUUGGCGGAGUCAAUGAGGUUCUUGCGGUUCUGCUGAUGGCUAAAAAAUUCAACGUGCCCGUUGUUCCACACAGUGGAGGCAUUGGUCUCAAUGAGUACACCCAACACUUGGCUCUGCUCGACUACAUCUGCGUGUCGGGAGCAAAGAGUCUUCUAGAGCACAUUAACUCAUUUAAUGAGACCCUCAAACAUCCAGUGCAAUUAAAGGACGGCUACUUCGUCACGCCGUGGGAGAUCGGCUAUAGUGUGGAGUAUAAGCCAGAGGCGAUUUUAAAAUACCAAUUCCCCAAUGGCAGUUUUUGGAAAGGCGAGCAGGGUUUGCGCAUUCGAAGCGGUCCCAAGCUAUGA